CAAGAAAAUGGAUAUCCGAUUGGCUAAUAUCAUCAGUGUCGGCAUUGUCGUCUGUGUCUUCGUUCUCCUGAUCGGUGGAGGGGUCAAUGAAGUCCAGAGUCAGUCAACCGUACGGUCAGCUCUGCUAACAAAAACACAUACACCAGCGCCUCAACCACCGUUCAGAGAGUGUUCCUGCAGCUCCAGUCCUUGCCAUCAUGGUGGAGAAUGUAUUAACCGACGUGUUGGUAAUGGAAUCUCAGCUAUCAUAGACUUUACAUGUGAAUGUAAAGAUCAGUGGGAAGGCAAUGUGUGUCACACAUGUAACAGUACAACUAACGAGAUCAAGUGUUCUAACCUAUGUUACAACCGAAGGAAUGAUAUAUGUGAAGACGGAGGACAAGGUUCUGUGACACCAAGCCUUUGUGCUCUAGGUUCUGACUGCGAUGAUUGUAACUCCCGGUGUCUCCCUACAACAUUGUAACUUUACCCGAGGGACGCAUGCGCACUGGGGUACAUUGGGAAGAUUUUACCAGGAAAUUGGACAAACUGGAGACAUCUUGACGUUUUACGGCUUAACUCUGGUUCUUAGUAUCCACGGCUACUAGGGUAACAUGGCGAUCCUAAUUAACGUUUCUUUGAUAAUUUGACUAUAAAAUACACAACUCACUUUCAUUAAAGUCAGAACGUCGGGAUUGGGCUCUAAGAAUCCAGAACUAGAACAAAUAUUAACAUUUUAAAAUGGAAUCCGGGCAAUAUUAACAUUUGGCAGAAAGUCACUAAUACUAUUUGAUUUAUCACAAUUACCUAUCUAUUCAUUUAUAAUUAUGAUUUCUGCAAGGAUUCAAUUAAACUUUGCAGGUCUAGUUUCGCU